AUGCUAGGAGCCGCAGCGGUGGUGCUGCUCGCAUGGGCGGGCUGCGCGGCGGCGCUGCGCCAGGCCAACGGCAGCCGCUACGGGUUCUACCGCAGCAUGGGCAACCAGGGGCUGUGGAGCGCCGAGAGCGAGCUGGCGACGCGGCGCGUGUUCGGCGGCGCGGCGGCCGAGCUGGCGGCCUUCCCGGCGGCGUGCGCGCUGCUGGACCGCUACUGGACGGCGCGCUGCUCGGCCGCCGUGCUGGCGCCGCGCUGGGCGCUCACGGCCGCGCACUGCGUGUCGCCGCGCGUCGCCUACGUCAAGUUCAACGCGCGCCGGCCCUCCUCGCCCGACGGGGACGUCGCGGCUGUCCAUUAUCUUUACAGGCAUCCUGGCUACAAGGUGGUGCAGGAGGACGAGGGCCGCGGGCCCGACGUGACGCUGCUGCACCACGACGUGGGGCUGGUGCGCACGCGCGCCGCCAUGGCGCUGGCCGCGCGCGCCGCCACCGACCCGCUGCGCGCCAUGCGCCUCUACAACCCCGUCGACCUCAAGAACGAGGAGGUGGAGGUUCUAGGUUUUGGACGAACGGAGCGCUCGAUUCUGGGCGAGGAGCUGUUCAGCGUGAAGCUGCAGCUGGUGUUCUGCGAGCGCGGCGCGUGGUUCCACUGCGUGUGCGGCGUGGCGGGCGGGCGCGACGCGCGCGGCGUGUGCUCCGGCGACUCCGGCGGCCCCGUGCUGUACCGCGGCGUGCAGGUGGGCGUGACGUCGAUGGGCCCGCUGGAGUGCGCGCGCGCGGGCGUCGCGCCGGCGGCGGGCGCCACGAGCGUGUUCACGGCGCUGUACAACUACGCCGACCUCAUCAACGCCACCAUCCACGACACGGACGCGGCGCUGCGCAUGCGCAUGAUCGGCGCCGCGCCGCCGCGCGCGCUCGCGCCCGCCGCCCUCUUGCCGCUGAUACUGACGAUCAUGCCGGCAAGCGCCGGGGUGCGCCACGCGUGA